AUGUGGACACGCUUGUUUGUCAUAGUCUGUAUACUUUGGUCUGUCAGCUGUUUGGUACCGAAACCGGAAAAUCAAAUUAUUGGAGAGGAAGAUUACGCCCUUGGUGAGGGAUUAGAAGUUCAACACAACUACACCGACUGUCCUAUUUUGGAUGAUGCUUGGAAGCGAUUCACCAACCGUCUACUUGGAAGACAACUGCCCGUGGAAGGGGAAAACCCUCCCGUGGCUAGAAUCAAAUAUGUGAAUAUUGACAUACAAUCUGGAUGUAGUGAAACCAAAUCGUUGUUGUGGCCACGAAAUGGAGCAAAUGAGUCAUGUAGGUUCAAAGUAUUUUUUGUCAUGUACCACGAAGACUCAGUUAAAAUUAGCAAAGAAGCCAUUUACAUCAAUGCCGAAGAAAUCUGGGGCACACUGUAUGCUCUAGAAACCGUCGCACAACUGCUUCGAAGGACACACAAUGGGCAGGUCUGUUUUGUCUGCGCAAAUCUGAUCAUUAUCAAGAGUCAAGAUAUCAUCGACAAGCCAAAGUUUCCUCACCGGGGUUUUCUCAUUGACUCGUCAAGACAUUUUUUGCCCGUAACAAACAUCCUGCAGUUCCUGGAUGCUAUGGCGAUGGUGAAAAUGAACGUGCUUCAUUGGCAUAUUGUUGAUGAUCAGUCGUUUCCCUUUGUGUCAUGCAAAUUCCCCAAUUUGUCGGCAAAGGGCUCCUACGAUCCUGUUCACUAUGUGUACAGCAGAGAUGAUGUCAGUCGUAUACUGGACUACGCUAGGAGACGUGGAAUCCGUGUGAUGCCGGAGUUUGAUACACCAGGACAUACAUACUCCUGGGGAGAAGGCGAUCGGAAGCUUCUAACUCCAUGCUAUUCCGAAGGUGUCCCUGACGGUACAUACGGGCCAAUGAAUCCGGCAGAAAGUUAUACAUAUGAAUUUCUGGUUGAUCUUUUUGAAGAAGUCACAAAAGUAUUCCCAGAGCAAAUGUUUCAUCUGGGUGGAGAUGAAGUUCCUUAUGACUGCUGGGCUUCCAAUCCAGGGGUACAAGAGGUUAUGAUACAUCUUGGUUUUGGAAAGGAUUAUCGACGUCUGCAAACAUAUUACACGGAACAGGUUAUAAACCUGGUCCACAAGAUUACCGAGGGCCAUAAAACAGUAGUACCUGUCGUUUGGCAAGAGGUAUUUGAUCAGGGACUUCGGACACACAAAGACACCAUUAUUCAAGUUUGGAAAGAUGGCUGGAAGGCGGAGAUGAACAAUGUCACAGCAGCAGGAUACUCGGUGUUGCUUUCUAGCUGCUGGUACUUGGAUUACAUUUCCUAUGGGAGCGAUUGGUACAAGUAUUACGAUUGUGAUCCAACAGAUUUCGGAGGUUCUCCCAAACAAAUUGCCCGUGUUCAGGGAGGAGAAGCCUGUCUUUGGGGAGAGCAUGUGGAUGAAACAAACCUCUUUAGCCGAGCUUGGCCUCGGGGUGUGCCUGUAGCGGAGCGCCUCUGGUCAACAGGUACUCUUUCCAAAGGAGAAUUUGCGCAUAGGUUGGAUGAUCUUCGCUGCCAGAUGGUCAAGAUGUGGAUACGCUGCUUUAUCACGACAUGUGUACUCUGUUCUGUCAAUUGUUUGGUCCCAAAACCGGAACGGCAAACUUUAGGAGAAGAAACGUACGCGGUCGACGACAGAAUAGAUGUUCAGCAUUCCUAUCCUGAUUGCCUAAUUUUGGACGACGCGUGGGAACGAUUUUCUGGGCGAUUGCUUGAUAGACAGUUACCCGUCGAUGAGGAGAGCCAUCCGGUGGCUACAAUCAAACAUGUGAAGAUUACAAUGCUUUCUGGCUGCAAUGAAAAGAAAAAAGUCCUGUGGCCAACCAGUGGCGCAAAUGAGUCAUACGCUGUUUGUAUCAGUAAUGAUACCAUUUCAAUCAAGUCGGAAGAGAUCUGGGGCACUUUACACGCUCUGGAAACUGUCGCCCAACUGAUUCGAAGAAACCAAGAUGGCUUGCGCGUUAUCAGGGGUCAAGUAAUCAGUGACAAGCCCCGAUUCGGGUUUCGCGGUUUUCUCAUCGAUACAUCAAGGCAUUAUUUGCCGUUACUGACUAUUUUUCAGUUUCUAGACGCCAUGGCGAUGGUAAAAAUGAAUGUUCUUCACUGGCACGUUGUUGAUGAUCAGUCGUUUCCCUUUGUAUCACACCGGUUCCCUAGUUUAUCAGGCAAGGGCUCCUUUGAUCCGGUACAUUAUGUGUACAGCAGAGAUGAUGUCAAUCAGAUACUGGACUAUGCCAGGAGACGUGGAAUCCGUGUGAUGCCGGAGUUUGAUACACCAGGCCAUACAAAAUCCUGGGGUUUAGGCUACCCAAAACUGCUGACCCCGUGCUAUUCGGGUGGAUCUCCCGACGGUCAGCGCGGACCAAUACAUCCAGCACAACUCUAUUCUUACAAGUUUUUAAUUCACCUGUUCGAAGAAAUCUCAACUGUUUUCCCGGAACAGUUGGUUCAUCUCGGUGGAGACGAAGUGCCUUACGACUGUUGGGCUUCAAAUCCGGAUAUUCAGAAAUUCAUGGAACAGAUGCAUUUUGGCAAAAACUACAGUCUCCUACAAACUUACUACAUGGAACAGAUCAUAUCACUGAUCAAAAAGAUUAAUCAACAGAAAACAGCGGUUGUGCCAGUUGUUUGGCAAGAGGUGUUUGAUCAAGGGCUCCGGACCCACAAUGACACACUCAUUCACGUGUGGAAGGGCGACUGGCAGUCCGAGGUCAAAAGGAUCACAAGUGCAGGCUUCCCAGUGUUAGUAUCGAGUUGCUGGUAUCUGAGUCGUAUAUCUUAUGGGGUCGACUGGCACCAAUAUUAUCAAUGUGAUCCGACCGAUUUUGGAGGUAAUCCUGAAGAGGUUGCGCGCAUUCAAGGCGGAGAGGCGUGCAUGUGGGGAGAAUAUGUGGACGAAACGAACAUAUUUAGUCGGAGUUGGCCUCGUGGAGUGGCUGUAGCUGAACGGCUCUGGUCCCAUGGAAAGCUAUCAGCGGUGGAAUUCGCCGGAAGAUUGAACGAUAUUCGUUGCCAAAUGGUUCAUCGCGGAUGGAAUGCACAACCAGCAAAUGGGCCAGGAUUUUGUCCCAUUUGAAGCUCACAUGAUCGCCUCAAGAAAAUCCUUCCUUGAUCAAAUACUGGUACAUACGAUUUAACAUUUUCAGUGUCAUCCCAACAACAAUAAAUGAUUUUGCACUUACAUGCGAAUGAGUUUCUACGUGUGAGAACAAAACCGAAAAAUCUAAAUUCCGAGUUAACCUCUUGUGUAAUUGAAGGGGAAAUGCACGUGACUACUGAGUAACAGGACUGUGCAGCAAGACUACGGAGAAGAUAAGGUCAACAAAGGCUGAACAGUUUUCAGAUUGGCCAUUUCCAUUGUUUCGGCGGAGCGACCUCAAUCAGUGGUUCCCAGGGUUUGUAUUUCAGCAUACUACGAGCCAAAUCGUAUUCCCUUUGAGCCUGUCCGAA